AAAAAAAUCUAAGAGAUGCUGACUAUAUUUGACAAGUUAUCAGCAAUGCUCAGCCACCCAUAUUGUGCUAAUUGCCUCCUUGCCUGAUCUAAACAAAAAGUGCGAAGGCCACAAAGCAAGCAAACCCCUCAAAUGCAAUGAGUGCUUCUUGCAAAGUGCCUUCCUCUAUCCUCUCUCAUCUUCACAACCCCAGGCCCCAGAUUCAUCUGAGUACAAAAUCAGCAGCAAGCAAAAUCAUCGGCAGGAGCAGGAGGAGCUUGCUGCUGCUCUCAUUACCUCUGUCCACCGUCAUCAUCUCUCCGGCUGUUUUCGCUGAUGCUGACGGGUCUGUCUUCGAUCCUGUCACCACCCCAGAGAAGAGGGCCAGUGAUGAGAUCUCCCGUCGAGUGUCUGAGGCUGUGAGGUUGCUGGAUGUGGCCAGAGAGUUGCAGGCCAGAGGAGAGUUUGCUCAGGCAUUGGACUACUUCACUCAGGUGGUUAAAGACUACAAAGACUUUGCAUUCUCGGACUACGCAAGAGUAGGCAGAGCGCUGGUAUUGUACGAAAUUGGCAAUCGAGAUGAAUCCAUCGCGGAGAUGGAAGAUGUAUCGAUAUCUCUAAAAGGAUACCCAGAGGUUCAUGCAGCUCUUGCUGCAGCAUUGUAUGUAGACAAGCACGCUCCGCUGCUGGCCGAGAAUCAGUUCACAAUUGCGACUCUUUUGGAUCCUCAUUAUACUGAUCUUUCUUAUGUGAAGGAAACCAAACAUUGGCCUCCGAGUUUAGUUAGUUCAUUGCAACAUUUCAUCACGCUGUCAUAAGGGCUUUUAUGUAUAGUUUUGGCCAUGGAAUUGUAUUAUAGUACAUGAUAUAUACGUAGAUUUUUCUAUUUCUAAAGGAAAAUUUAACAUUUUCAAUAUAUCUUUUUGAUGUUCACCUUGUUGUUUAUGGUGGAUUUCAGAUUGAACAGCACAGUGGAUAACUUCUACACUCCAUAUUGCGAUUUUUUGAUGCA